CGAAACCCUUCCUCAUCGGUUGUUCAUCUUAAAAACUUGCCUAUGUCUGUAGCAUUAGCAUAGUACUACUGCGAGAAGAGUAGCAGAGACGAAACCAUCUCUUUCGUGCCACGAGCUGUCAUGGAGUAUCUCACCGAUUUAGGCUAAGUCACCAAAUGUCUCUGGCUAAACGGCUAAAUGGAUCUCUGAGGUGCCGAUUGCGGCUCAAAAGCACGAUUGAUUAUGCUAUUAACCCAACUCUGCCACCGUAGAUAAUUUUGCAAUCCUCACCAUCAGAUCCGCAGAAAGAAAGUCCAGGUCAUCAUGGUGUCUACACCGAUCACAGACGCCGACGAACCCCUCGUAACGCAUAUCUACACCGCAGAUCCAUCGGCCCACGUCUUCAAUGGCAAGAUAUACAUAUAUCCAUCGCAUGACCGCGCAACCGAUAUCCAAGACAACGACAAUGGCGACCAAUACGAUAUGGUCGAUUACCACGUGUUGUCCCUAGACACCAUCUCAUCACCUGCAACUGACCACGGUGUGGUCCUGAAGAUGGAGGAGAUCCCAUGGGUCAGCAAGCAGCUCUGGGCUCCCGACGCCGCCUUCAAGAACGGCAAGUACUUCUUGUAUUUCCCUGCUCGCGACAAAUCGGGCAUCUUCCGCAUCGGUGUCGCAGUGGGUGACAGGCCCGAAGGACCGUUCGUACCUGAUCCAGAGCCCAUUCGAGGAAGCUACAGCAUCGACCCAGCCAGCUUUGUAGACGAGAAUGGCGAUGCGUAUCUGUACUUCGGCGGCCUGUGGGGCGGACAGCUCCAGUGUUGGCAGACUGGAGCAUUUGAUCCUUCGCUGCAAGGUGCCCAGGAGCCGUCUGGGGAGGGCAAGAUUGCGCUGUUCCCCCGUGUUGCCCAGCUGGCAGAUGAUAUGAGAUCAUUCAGCUCCGAAGUCAGGGAGCUCCAGAUCCUAGCACCCGAAACUGGGCAGCCCAUCGCCGCAGACGACCACGAUAAGCGGUUCUUUGAAGCAGCGUGGAUGCACAAGUACAAGGAGAAGUACUACUUCUCGUACUCGACCGGCGAUACCCAUUUCCUGGUGUAUGCUGUCGGGGACAGUCCGUUGGGGCCGUUCACCUACGAGGGCCGGAUCCUGGAGCCUGUGCAGGGCUGGACGACUCACCACAGCAUAGUAGAAUAUGAAGAGAGGUGGUAUCUUUUCUAUCACGAUACUAGUUUGUCGGGUGGGAAGAAUCAUCUUCGGAGUGUUAAGGUGCGUGAGAUCUUCUACGACGCAGAGGGGAGGAUUAAAAAGUCGAAUUAAGAAGCAUAUUUAUGUUCUCGGAAGUAAUAACUCAGGUUGGAACAUACUGUCCGAAGUAGAGUCAGAAGCCAAUCUAUGGAGAGAGUCCACCGUUCAAUACCCG